CCUAGGAGUGUCAUGUAACAACUUAAAAUUUUCAUGUGAAAACAGAAAAUGGCUUCAAGAGGAACAACAGAGACCAGUAAACUAAAACAAAACUUGGAAGAGCAGUUGGAUAGAUUAAUGCAGCAGCUUCAAGAUCUGGAGGAAUGCAGAGAGGAGCUAGAUGCAGAUGAGUAUGAAGAGACCAAAAAAGAAACCCUAGAACAGCUGAGUGAGAUCAAUGACUCCCUGAAGAAGAUUAUGUCCGGAGAUAUGACUUUGGUGGACGAGCUCAGCGGGAUGCAACUGGCAAUACAGGCAGCCAUCAGCCAAGCAUUUAAAACUCCAGAAGUAAUUAGAAUGUUUGCAAAGAAACAACCAAGGCAACUGAGGACAAGGUUGGCAGAGAUGGACCGAGACUUAAUGGUUGGGAAGUUGGGACGAGACCUAUACACACAGCAGAAAGUGGAAAUCCUUACUGCCCUCAGAAAGCUUGGUGAGAAGCUCACUCCAGAUGAUGAGACAUUCUUGUCAGCAAAUGCUGGUACAGCCCUGAGCCAGUUUGAGAGAGUCUCCACUGACCUUGGAUCAGGAGACAAAGUCUUUGCUCUAGCAAGUUUUGAAGUAGAAAAGGCGAAACAAUGAAGAGGUGCGUGAGGCUUGUGUCUCUCCAGUUAUCAGCAGCAUUGGACUUCUGUCAUAUUGCAUUUGUUUUUUUCUAUUUUUAACAUGUUGAAAAAAAGAAAAGCAAAACCAAAAAAACUGCAAACCCUAAACCUCUUGGGUUCCUAACCAGAAGAUAUGAAGUAAACAGCCUUAAGUGCACUUUGGAACCUUGGUGUCUGUACCCCUUAGUAACAUAGGCUCUGAGGCUGAACACUAAGUGGGACUCUAAAAACAAAAGCAUGGUAUGACUGUCUCUGGAAAGAAUCAGCUAUUUUGAACUUUUCUGAAUGUGUAUUUCUCUAACUAUUAAAACGUAAUCUUUUUGCAUGUGGUUGUAGCAAGCAGGUCUUUUUCAGGAGCAGUCCUAAUGAGCGAGUGGGUUUUUUGGGUGAUUCUUCACGUUGCUCUCAAGUUGUCUUAAUUUUUGUCUGGACUUCCUACUAAGUAGUUUAUACUAGGAAUGCAUUGAAGCUUUGCAAAAUUGACAUAGUUUAUUUGAAAUGCCAUCUUUCUACAAACUGUUUGCAGAAGAACCAAGAUGAGACUGUAUACUGAUCAUUGGCCCUUAGCUGCUUGUUUGCCGUGCACAUGAAUGAGUGCUAUUGUGUCCUAGCCUUGACUGACAAACAAUGGAAGCCCUGUAGGGAGGCUUCUGGAGUAAUUUAACCUUGUGUAUUGAAAUGACACGGAAUUGCUAGGAAAUGGCAACGGGAAGCCCUUUCUGCGACCUCGUACUUUAGCUCUGGGUGUAUAACUACAUGCUACCGUUAUUUCCCAGUAUUUCUGAGAUAGCAUGAAAUAACUUGCAAGUAGAAACAAGUUUAAAAAGGGCAGAAAAGCUCUUACUACGUGAUUGGUACAAGUGUUGCUCAGUCUAUUUAUCAGAUGGUGGUGCUGUGAAGAGGGGAGGGUCUGUGCCUCCAGAGGGAAGUUAGAAUCCUGAAUAAUCUCAGGGUGUAAGAGGAUUUAAAAUCUCACAUUGUUGAGUUUUUAGCUCUGAGUGCAGAGAAACUAUUUGGGACUCCAGAUGUGUGUUUAACUUCCUGAUAAACUAUUUUUUGUAAAAUCAAUAUUAGGGAUCUUGGUCUUAAAGUACUGGCAGCUUCAUGCUUUAAUUCGGUACUUGUUAGCAUUUUGUCUGAGCUGAUUGGAAGCCUAUAUUUUACUGAGAAUUUUUUCAGCUUGAGAAAUGUGCAUUUCAGGUCUGCUCUACCCGUGGUAUAUAUUCACGUGCUGAUCUAAUGAUAUUGGCAACCAAAACAAAAAACCCAGGCAUUUCUUAAUCGAAUUUCAUACCUGUUCCCCUUCUUAUUUUACCGCUAGCUAGAGAAAAGGAUAUGGAUAGAAGCCAAAAACAUUUCUGUGGUCAUCUUAGCUAUUAACAAUUGUAUCUUUUUCCUCUGAACAGAAGGAGGAGAAAAGCUUGACAUUUCCUUAUGAGUGUUGCUUUGUCUGAAACUAGAAGCAGUAAAUCCUAAGUUCUUUAACACAGCAUAGCUGCAUGUAGACAUACCUGUUCAGCUUACAGCUUCUAGCUGUUAAAAUAAAAAAAGACCAAAAAAAAAAGGUUAACAAAAAAAAGUAACUUAAUGCAAAAAAAAGCAUUUCUGUGCAAAAAGAGUUCAAACAUUAGACAGUUUUGGGUCCUUUGGACUACAUGUUUUAACAGGGAGUUAGCACUUCCUUUCUUUGCAGAGCUUCAGAAGUGAAGGAAGCGUUACGAAAUCUCAUUGGCAAAAGGAGCAUUUGGCUGUGAGUGUGUUGACGUGCUAUUAUUAUCUGGCACCCCUCAGAGAAAGUGUGAUUUGCCAGUCACAGAUAUAGUCAGUUCCCCUUCCCAUAAGGUGGGGCAGAAAUGUAUCAAGAGAAGAAAGCUACCGUUUUGCUUCUUAAACUCCACAAAUUAUCUGUUUUUUCUAAGUGAUAAAUCUAUUUUUCCUUAAGUGAGAGCAAAGUACAAUAACCAAAUGCCACAGUGGUUAAUGCUAACUGUCCAGCAAAUGACAUUAGAAAGCGGUUAAACAGAGAUCUCUACCUAUAUUGCUAAGGUGAUAGGUGUAUCUUCAGGACAAACAGAUUUUGUGCUGGUUUUAGUGAUUGGGUAUUUUUUUGACAACGUGUCUUAUUUAAGUUUUAGGCAUAUUUCUGAGCUGAUCUGUAAAAUGUGUUAACUGCCAUCACAGUAAGUCUGUUGCUGGAAAGAAGAGGAUGGUGAUAAUACUGGCAAGAUCAGAAGAAUUCCUAGGAAAAAAAGUGAUCUUGUUUCCGUCUUGUUAGUGCUUUGAAUUAUAAAAAUUAAGACAGACAUCUACUGAAAGGAUGAUACUGAAUUCUUUUAGAAUUAGUAAUGGUUUAUAAACCAACUUUUACACCCAAAUGUUGGGUAGAGUCGGUUCCAGUUUAUGGUGGCAUGACUGUUUUUGGCAACAGUGGAGUUGGACCUGCGUUCAUCAGCAGUGAAGGUGACCCACUGUUUUGAGGAAUCCUGUGUGUGAUGGAGUAGAACAUCCAUGUUUUACCUAUCAUAUAUAUAUAUCUCUCUUAGGCUUUUAUAGCUAGACUUGAGCUUCAGUGAGAACUACCAUUAAAUUGAGUGAGUGGAGUGGAAAUAGUCUUAAAUUUAGAUGGCCUAUUGCAAUGUUAAUCUCAGUGUCGCAUAGUAGUCACUUAAGAGACUAAGUGGGUAGCAUAGACUAUAAACAGAAAAUUAACAUGAUCAGUCAUAAUUUAGAUUGCACUUAUAGGGCAUAAAUACCCUAUAAAUAAGCAAGUUCGUCUAAUUGUAAACUAGGACUGGAGUAGAGUAAACCAAAAAAUGUGUGUUUUUAAUGUAUUUUGCUUUAAUAGAGAUCCUUUUGAAAUCUAGUCCUUUAGAAAUGAAAGGAUAUACAGCAUAGACAGCAUAAUUUGUGUCUUUCAGUGAUGGAACUUUUUUCUCCUUUUUUUUUUUUUUAAGAAGCUUUUCUUUAGAUAGGGUCUUUUGUCCAUUAUAUCAGAACUAUUUUCCUGUCUGGGGCAGUAUUAUGUUCGCUGACAAAGGCUGAUUGCAGCUUUUUAGCUGAGAGCAGCUUAUUAAAAGGUGUUAUUAGACAGUCUAAAAUUAUUGAAAACAAAACAGUCCAUGGGGACUGUAGCUGCCUUCUUUUCCCUUCUGCUCAUUACUGGUGCUAAGUAACUUUCUUCCCCCAACCCCCCAACCUGCUUGCAGCAUUAGUAUGUAAAUUAAAUCUCUCAGCACUCCCACAGAUCACAGUUAGUUAACAGUACAAUAAUAUGGAAAUCUUUUUCCUUGUAGUUUUAGAGAGGAGAAAACUCUUUUUUAAUUGAUUUGCAAAUAUUAUAGGAUUUUUUCAAACUUUCUGUACUGCGGGCAGUAGUAAAAUUCUUAUUAAAUUCAUCCUUGACUGAAUAUCUUUUUAAUGUGCUCCUUCUGCUCUUGAAAAGAUCUCUCGUGACUUAGAUGGACAAAGAUGAGAUUGAGAUCAAUGACCAGUAUUAUUGCAAGAUUCAGUAUGCCAGGCUAGACUUCUCUUCUCAAAAGUUGUGAAGGGUCGGAAAGCAUAGCUCUAACCCAGAUACUGGAUAUAUCCUGCAGAAUGCCCUGACUAUAAAUGUAAUUUAACAAGGAAGCUGUUGCCAAUAUGAAGCUAUUCAUAUGUUGACCCUAGCAAAUAGUUACUUAAGUAACCUACUUGAAGUGGUUAGAUUAAUUUCAGAAGCAUAGUCAGUUAAUUGGUGUGCUGUGCUAAAUAUUCUGCCAAAUAAUCCUGGGAUGUACCUCCACUAUUAUCUCAAAUGUUUCUGCAAGGGCUGGAAAAAAGUCCAUAAUCUAUUAUAAAAAUCGUUUGCUCAAAUAAAAACUGGUAACA